AUAGCGAGUGUUCUUCCUUUGAAACGAACUUAGUGAGGCUCUCGAGCGGCAACAAGAAGAAGGAAGAAGCAGAAGAUAGUGUUGCUGAGAUGCCGUUAAUGGACACAACAACAGCCACUCUCAGAGCUUUAAACCCAUUUACCCCUUUUCAACUACGCUCAUCCAGGUCUCUUCAUCUUCUUCGCCCUCGCUCCUUCUCCCUUUUCACCAACAAACACCACAAUCUAUCUUCUUCAUCCUUACGCCGGUUACUCCCCUUCUGCUCCUCAUCUGACAGAGUGGAGGGUUCUGGUUCCCUACCGACCGGUGUUGGUGAGGCCGUCAAUGGGGUCUCGCAUCCAAAGCUUCUUCAAGUUGUAUUGGUGUCUCCCUUGAUUCCUGGGAACACUGGUAGCAUUGCCAGAACAUGUGCUGCAUCGGCUGUAGGACUACAUCUAGUUGGGCCAUUGGGAUUUAAGGUUGAUGACACAAAGCUAAAGCGGGCAGGUUUGGAUUAUUGGCCAUACGUUGUCGUUAAAAUUCAUAACACGUGGGCGGAUUUUCAAGAAUACUUUAAGAAGCAGGAAGGAGAAAAGCGGCUGCUAGCAUUUACAAAAAGAGGAACAACACAUCACUCGGACUUUUCGUACAAGCGGGGCGAUUACUUGUUGUUCGGCUCAGAAACUACUGGAUUACCACCUGAAGCGCUUGAGGACUGCAAAAACCAGCCAUUUGGAGGAGGGACAUUAAGAAUUCCAAUGGUUGAAACUUAUGUUAGAUGCCUCAAUCUCUCGGUGAGUGUUGGUAUUGCUAUAUACGAAGCUUCAAGACAACUAAAUUACGAGCAACUUCAGGUUUCAUCAGAGAGUUGUACUAACAAUGAACAAUCUAUUAUUACAGAGGAUGUUUUUGCUUGAUCCUUAGAUGUGAAAUUUUGUACCAUUUUAAUUUUAUUUGGAGACUCUCAAAGAAACAUUGUUUACCUUAUGAUAUUAAAGCCAAUUCAUUGCAUGAUGCUGUUAUGUUACUA